UGUGUCCACGCUGUGUCCUUAAGGUGAUGGGAGGGAAGGCCAGGUGGAGGAAGCUGAAGAAAGUAGUAGGACCACUGUCCCCGGGCUCCCAAGACCCCCAGGGCCCUCAGGGUCCACAGGGUCCACAGGGUCCACAGGGUCCACAGGCGCCAGGUAAACAACGCCUCAAGAAGGAAAGUACUAAGACUAGGGAAGCCAAAAGGAAGAGGAUGGGUGAAGAGGAUGACGAGGAGGAGGGUGGUGCUCUCCAAGAGGUAAAGGACGGUAAUGAUCAAAAGGUUAAGGAUGCGACGACGACAACGCCGGUGAGCAAAAAUAAAGGUGACUUGAGCAAGCAGGAAGUCAGUGCUAAACCCAGUGAUAACAUGCAAAUAGAUGAUGCUCAAGGGGCCACAAAAACUGUGGGCCCACACAGUAUUGGGCAUGAAACUUUGAAAGAUCAUGAAAAUCUUGGAACAAAUGGCACUUAUGGUCUUGAUGAAAUGGACAAACCGAACAUAAUGACAUCUGACUAUGAUAAAGACUUUGAGUCCCCUCUUACUGAAUGGAUCCAUGAGCCAUUGAGUAAAACGACUCUUGAGGAAGAGCUAAAGGAAGCCAGGCAGGAGGAUGGGGUCGAUAUAGAUAAUUUGCCAGUAAGGGGUGGAAGGAGAGACAAGGUCUGUUCGUCUCAAGAUAGUGCAAACAAGACUAAUCCAGACAAAGAUGGAGAAGCAGCAGACAAAUCCUUGCAUUCUGAUGCAGAGGGUGUCAGCAACAGUGAGAAAUCCGUCAAAUUCUUUAUAUCUGAUGAUGAAAGUGAUAGUGACACAGCCAUUUUUGUUGACGCAUGUCAGCACGCUCUCAGUGGGGAUGAAAACGUUCGUGCGGACGACCAGACAUCUACUGGUAACGAGAAGCUCAACAAUGGAACGCAGGAGUACAACAUUAUCAACCUGCAAACAGAAUCUGUAAUGGAGCAGUCACUAGAGGGCGAUGACAUAGAGCUGGUGAUCAGUGACUUGGGAGACGAGGAUGAUAAUAAUUAUACAGAGACGCUCAACCCGCUCUCGGAGAUUGUCGACAACGAGGCCGUGAUGGCAAACCUGGCCAUAACCCCAGACCAAAACUCGAACCCAUUAGUGUUUCACGAAGCCAGAGGCUCCUUCUCGUCGAAUCUUUCCUCUCCAGGAAAUGACCUGGCUCAUAACUCACUAGGACAACAGAGAGAGUCAGACAAUGCCGUUAACUAUUCCACCGGUGAUGCAACGGAUGUAGAUUCUGUCAGCAGGUCUUCCAUGAGUGAUCACGCCGAUGCAGAUACUAUCAGUAGAGCCUCUCAUACGGGUUCAAUCGAUAAUGAUAGAGCCAGGAAAACCUCGACGGAUGGCUCACUAGACCCUGAUGCUCUGAGUACAGCAUCAGUAACUGAAUCAAAUGACUCUGAAACUAUGAGUAGAACAACUACAGAGACAGUCCCUCAAGAAACCGGGACAACUUCGAGUACUGAAAGAGGUGAAGCAGAUGCAAGUACCGAAGGAUCUACAUUAUCACCUUCUGGGUCUAGUACAUCCCUAAAAUCUCCAGGCAUCCAGGAAAUGUCACUCUCUGAGACCCGAGCACCAGAUGCUGUCCCCACAACUGACAGUGAGUCCGGGGACAUGGAAGUGUGUAGCAAGACUUCUGUUAGUGAGUAUGAAGCAGACAGGACAAGUAGAACUUCUGUUAGCGAAUCUGAGGAAACCUAUGGCACAAGCAGGACUGCUAGUGAGUACAGCAAUAGCAAGACAUCUGUGAGUGAAUACAGUGGAGACGGAGUAAGCAGAACCUCUGUGAAUGAGAAUAAUGGUAAUAGAAUAAAUAGGACUUCAACAAGUGACACAGGAGAUACAGAGGAACCCAGUGGGGCUUCUCUUGCUGACACAAGGGAACGAACCAGCAAAUCCUCUGUCAGUGAAUCAACAGAGUUUGAUUCUGAAAGUCUUUCUUCUACAACUGAUCUUUUAACUCCUAAAGAGGAGGCGUCCUUUGCCUUAGAUGCUAAGGUUAAGACAGGAUCCGGAGACACUGCAGUACUGUCGGAAGGAGCGCUUGAAGACUCUCUCCUGUUCCCCAGAGAGAAGGACGAAAAGCUAGUCGAGGUUUGUGCUGGAUCUCCAGUCUGGGAGGAUCCAGACCGCGAGGAUCAUAUGCAAAUUGAAGGAGAAAUGGAACAGCCAGAGGUUACUGGUGAGAAGGCCAUCAUGGAGGCUGAUGCACAAAGUCAUUUCUUUAGUCUCUAUCCUGAAUAUCAGCCAGGAGAAGGAGAGGAGGUGGAGGAAAAUCAAGUAAAGGCUGCAACGGGAAAUCCAAAAUUUCCUUGUUUUCGAGGCCAAAGAGAAAAACAAGGAGACCAAGAAGACGUUUACAUGGCCAUGGAAAAACCAGAGGCAAAAAGUGGAUCAGGAAGGAAAGAUAAAAGAAACAAGGGAAGCCUUACUGGCAAGAUCAACCAAAUUCAGAACAAAUUCUCUCAACAAAAAAAGUCUGAGAGAGAGAAUAAGAGCGCCUCUGAGCCUGAGGGAUCUUCGUCACGACAGAGCAGUGGAGGAAGCGUCGACGAGCGACAGGAGACUGCCUCAGGAACCUCAAGUGACGAACAAAAAGCCAAAAGUGAAGGAAAGGGAGAUGACUCAGAGAUCUCCUAUCACGCCCCCGGAGACUGGUCGAUGCCCGAUGUUCUGGACAGUGCCUCUUCCCUCGCCUCGAAUGGUCACGUUGAGGAGGCUCAACAGUCCACCAACAACAAGGACGACCUGGUAUGUGAAGCUGGAAAGCCUGGAGAAGGAACAAACGUAAAUAUGCUGGAAGAGGCUGCAGCGGCAGUGAUGUCAGACGCAGUGAAGGUGAAAGGGGCAACACAGAUUUAUGAGGAGACAACAGCCAUUACAGAGACUGGACAAGAGGCACUAGAGAUAGAAAUUAAAACUGAUAACUCCACAAAAGAUCGUAAAACGCUUGUGGGAAAGGCGAAAGAGUGGAUCAAAGGAGUCACAAGAAUGGGAAGUAGGAAGGAAGACACCGUCCCAGAAAAAGUCAGUAACAAGACAGGACCGGUUGAAAGCACUAAAGAGGUGCCCAAGGCGGAAACUAAGAAAGAAGAGUGUCGGACAGUAGAAACAGACGACAUAAGGAGCAAGGAGUCUUCAAUCACCUCAGAAUCAAAGUCGUCAGAUGAUGAAAAUGGCAAGAAAUAUGAAAUGAAGGGCCUGCAGGUCCAACAGUCAGUUAAUACGGACACCACAAAACAAGAUGCAAGUAUUGCUGAGACUAAGGGAGAAAAGGAAACAGGAGCAGUUAGCAAUGGAGAACCUGGUGUGGAAAGUCUUGGUGAAGAACUGGUGGGUACUACAAGCAAGGAUGAGGCUUCUGCUAUUAUGACAGGCAAGGAAGGAACAUUUGUAGAUACGACAAACACGGAAGAAGAGUCUGUGGAUGUUGAAGACAAUGGAACAGCAUCUGUGGAUGUGGAAGACAAUGGAACAGCAUCUGUGGAUGUGGAAGACAAUGGAACAGCAUCUGUGGAUGUGGAAGACAAUGGAGCAGCAUCUGUGGAUGUGGAAGACAAUGGAACAGCAUCUGUGGAUGUGGAAGACAAUGGAGCAGCAUCUGUGGAUGUAGCAGACAAGGGAGCAACAUCUGUUGAUGUGGCAGAAACGGAAGAUGAGACUGUGGAUGUGGCACACAAGAAGGUACAAACGAUUACAAAAGAAGUCAUCAAAGAAGGUAAAGAUGUAAGUGUGCCAGUAAAAGUGGAUAUAAGUGAUGAAGCUGUUAGAAAAGAGAAGAUAGAAGCUGGAGAGGAAGCCAAGGAAAUGCCUGUGUCCGAGAGCUUGACAAAACAAAUAGAUGAAGCUCUAAGCGGAGACGUCCAGCAACCGGAAGCUCUACCUAAAGAUGUUUCUGUGGUCAAAAGGAGUGAAGAAGAUGAGGCCCAUUUGGAAGUCACGCCUGACUUAAUUAGCACUGAAAAUGUUGGUUCUGAAAUUUACCCAGAACAAACAAAAGAAUCCGAGACCAAAGAGGACAAUGAAGAAGUCACUAAUGUUGAUACUAAAUCAAAUGGGAUAAUUGAUAAAACAGAAAAUGGCAUUGAAACUUCAGAAACAACAAACUCAGACACCAAAAAAUAUGAGAUUCCUGAAAUAAAAACCUCCUUAGUUGGAGAGCCAAGUGCAGACGUUGCUCCUCAGGAGGAAAUGGCCAAAAUAAGAAAGGAUGAGACAAGACACCACCGUAGGGGCAGAGAGAAGUCAAAAUCGCCAUCUGUGCACAAGAACGCUGAUGAUAAAAGCCCAAGUCCAAGAAUGCCAAAGAAAGAUAAAGAAGGAAAAGGCGUGAGCAAAAAACGAAGACACCACCGCCGACACACCAAACGCCAAGAGGAGAGCAAGGAGCAGACUACCAUGUCUCAAUCCACAGAUGCCGUGGAGGCAGCCAGACCUCCUUCAGCAGAAUCAAAUGUGAAGGACGAAUAUCAAGAGCCCCCUGAAGGAAUGUUUCUCGAUGUUAGUGAUACACUUCCCCAGCAAGAGCAAGAUCCUGAGGCCACUGACGCCAUGGAUGAAGCCCGAUCUUCUCCAACAGAAGCAAAUGUGAUGGACGAAUCUCAAGAGCCCCCUGAAGGAAUAUUUCUUGAUGUUAGUGAUAAGCUUCCCCAGGAAGAGCAAGAUCCUAAGGCCACUGACGCCAUGGACGAAGCUGAUGAAGGAGAAGCGCCGGGCGAGACAGGAGAAGACCUAUUUCAAGAAAUAACUGAUAAAGAACCAGAACAGGAUAUUACUGAGAAGGCAGCUGUUGCUGAGACGACAGCUGUUGCUGAGAAGGCACCUGUUGUUGAGAAGGCAGCUGUUGAUGAGAAGGCAGCUGUUGCUGAGAAAGCAGCUGUUGCUGAGAAGGCAGCUGUUGCUGAGAAGGCAGCUGUUGCUGAGAAGGCAGCUGUUGUUGAGAAGGCAGCUGAUGGUAAGAAGGCAGCUGUUGCUGAGAAGGCAACUGAUGCUGAGAAGACAGCUGUUGCUGAGAAAGCAGCUGGAAAGCCAGAAGCUGAGGUUAUCAUAAAAAUAGCUGAACAAUUAGAAGGUGAUAUCAUCCCAGCCACUGAAGACCUGCAACCUGAGAUUGAAGAAUCAGAAAAAUAUGUUGUUGUUCAAUCAAAUGAAGAGCAAGAACGUGAUGAAGACGCAUCUGAAAACCCAGAAUCUUAUGUAAAUGAAACUGAACAGAACGAUCAUGAUGCUACUAAGCAGCCAGAUGAGGAACCGGAACAAGGGGCUACAAAAAUAGCAAAUGAAAAAGAAGAGGUUAAUGUUGCACAAGAGGAAACAGAAAAACCAAAAUGUGAUGAACCGGAAGAUGAAGAACUUGGUGUUACCGAAGCCACGCUGGAAGAGCACGUAAGUGUUCAAGAAGUGUCUCCGCCUGUUCAAGAAGUGUCUCCGCCUGUUCAAGCAGAACAACGUGCUUCCGGGCCAUGGAAAAAGGGCUUAGCCAGGUCCAGCAAGGACAAGUUCUCAGACGAGUUCUGGAAAGAGAAACUCAGCAAUGGACACAGAAAGCGUGAAAAGUUCCGCGAAGAGCAGAAAGCUUUCAGUUCUGGUGAAUAUGAUUUUAUGAGUCCAUCAAGAAUGAAAACGGGGAAGAGUGACGAAUCAAGACACAAGACUCAGGAAACAGAUAUGAGUGAGAAGGCACAUAAGGAGGAUGAAACUGAACAAGAGAUUACUGAGGACACACAAGCAGCGUCUCCGCUCACAAUGCCAGGAGAGGGAGACAUAACAGAACCAUUUUCUCCUGCGUCUGCUACAUGGAGUCCACGGGUGAGCCGAAGAGAAAGGAAACGAAGCAGCAGGAAACCUAGUGAACAUAAGCGAGAGAGGAAGUCCUCAGAGAAAGCUGAAAUAAUGAAAGUACCAGUGAAGGAUGGCGUGAAGAAGGAAUUAGACUCAGAGCCUAUAGAAAAGCCAUCUGAAAUAACAGCUUCAUCUGAUGUUCCACAAAUAGGCUCACCAGUCCCUCUUACACCUCCGGAAGAAAUCAAAAUUAACUCCCCACCAAGUGAGGCACAACCAGAGGAACAAGUAGCACAAGACUCAGCAGCAACACACACUGACAUUGCCUUGCAAGAGUUAAAGUUCCCUGAGAAAGUCUCGAAGCCUCUUUCACCAUUACCGUCGAAAACCAUAGAUUCGAGCAAAGUUCCUGUGCCUGAUGGUACUUUAAACAAACAAAAAAAGUCUGAUGAACUAAAACAUUAUGAAGGAGAUUCCAAAUCUGUUGCACCUAUAUCUGAGCCACAGACUGUUGCUGGUGAAGCAACAGAAAAACUUGCAGUGGCGAGUGAAGCACCACCAAAGGAACCUAUAACUCAGGACUCAACAGCAACAGACACUGGUACUGCCUUAUUGGACAUUAAGUUCCCUGCAGAAGUGUCAAAGCCUCUUUCCCCCUUACCACCCAAAAUCAUUGAUUCAACCAAGGCUCCAGAGUCUAGUGAAACUUUAAAAAAAGCAAAAAAAAAAAACGUCAAAGUAAAACUAAAUAAAGGGGCUUCCACUGAUGUUCCACCAAUAACUGAGACCCGAAAUGUUACUACAGAAACACUUCCCGUUCCAAAUGCGACACCAAAAGAGGAAUCUGAAUCUCAAGACUCAGCACCAACAGAGACUGACACUAAUUUACUGGAACUGAAGUUCCCUGAGGGUGUCUCGAAGCCUCUUUCACCGUUACCACCGAAAAUUAUGGAUUCGGCCAAAUAUCCAGCAUCCCAUACAGCAUCAAAAAGAAUUAAAUCAUAUGAACGGAAGUUUUAUAAACAGGUCUCAGAGGAUAGUUCAAAGGCUCGAAAUCCCUUUCCUGAAGCACCAAGUGAGUCAUUGCCAGAGAAAACUAUAACUCAAGACAUAGCAACAGACCCUGAAACUGCUUUACUUGAGUUGAAGUUUCCCGAAGGAGUCUCGAAGCCUCUCUCACCGUUACCAACAAAAAACAUACAUUCAAAAUCUGAUGAAACUGAAGACCAAAAAAGCGUUUCGAAGGGUGAUUCACCAGUUUCAAAUGCACGAAGCAUUGCCCUUGAAACGCCAAGUGAGGCACCACCAGACGAAACUGUUACCCUAGACUCAGCAACGACAAACACUGGUACUGCCUUAUUGGAACUGAAGUUUCCUGAAGGUGUCUCUAAGCCUCUUUCACCGUUACCGCCAAAAACUGCAGAUUUAUCAAAAGCUUCAGUACCAGAUGCAGCCUCCAAAAAGAUUAAAUCAGAUGAAAGGAAACUACGUAAAAGAAUUUCGAAGGAUGAUUCAACAGUAUCAAAAGCGCGAAGUGUUGUUUCCGAAGCAGCGCAUGAGGUAUCACUCGAGAAACCUUCUGAUCAAGACUCAGCAACAAUAGACACUGACACCGCCUUACUGGAACUGAAGUUCCCUGAAGGUGUCUCGAAGCCUCUUUCACCGUUACCACCUAAAAUAGUUGAUUCUUCCAAAGAUCCAGUACCCGAGGCAGUUUCUAAAAAGACUAAAUCAGAUGUUAGAAAGCAACGUAAAAGAGUUUCGAAAGAAGAUUCACUAGUAUCAAUAGCAAGAAGUAUUGCUCCUGAAGCACCAAGUGAAGUGACACCAGAGAAAACUAUAACAUUACACUUAGUAACAGACCCUGACAUUGCCUUACUUGAGUUGAAGUUUCCUGAAGGAGUCUCGAAGCCUCUCUCACCGUUACCAACAAAAGUCAUAGAUUCCAGCAAGGCUCCAGUGCCUGAUGUCAUCUCCCAAAAAACUAAAUAUGAUGAAACUGAUGAUCAGAAAAUAAUAUCAAAGGAUACUACACCAGUAUUAAAGCCAAUAAGCAUUGCUGUUGAAACAUCAAGUGAGGCACUUCCUGAGAAAACUGUUACUCAAGACUCAGCAACAGACACAGGUACUACCUUACUGGAGCUAAAGUUUCCUGAAGGUGUCUCGAAACCUGUUUCACCUUUACCGCCUAGAACUGCAGACUUGUCCCAAGCUUCAGUACCCGACGUAGCUUCCAAAAAGCCAAAAACAGAUGAAAGGAAACUUCGUAAAAGAGUUUCAAAGGAUGGUUCACCAGUAUCAAGGGCAAGAAGUAUUGCUCUUGAAACACCAAGUGAGACGCCACCAGACAAAACUAUAACUCAAGACUCAUCAGCAGUAGACACUAGUACAUCCUUACUGGAGCUCAAAUUUCCUGAAGGUGUCUCUAAGCCUCUCUCACCGUUACCGCCUAAAAUAAUAAAUGCGUCCAAAGAUCCAAUACCCGAGGUAGUCUCUGAAAAGGCUAAAGCAGAUGAAAGAAAGCUACAUAAAACAAUUUCGAAAGAUGACUCUCCAGACUCAAAAGUCCGAAAUGUUGCUUCUGAAGCAGCACGUGAGAUGCCAGAAGAGAAACCUUCUGAUCAAGACUCAGCAGCAACAGACACUGGCGUUGCUUUACUGGAACUGAAGUUCCCUGAAGGUGUCUCGAAGCCUCUUUCACCGUUACCACCUAAAAUAAUUGAUUCUUCCAAAGAUCCAGUACCCGAGGCAGUCUCUAAAAAGACUAAAUCAGAUGUUAGAAAGCUACGUAAAAGAGUUUCAAAAGAUGUUUCAUCAGUAUCAAAGGCAAAAAGUAUUGCUCUUGAAGCACCAAGUGAGAGGACACCUGAGGAAACUGUAAGUCAAGACCCCGCAGCAACAGACACUACCACUACUUUACCAGAACUCAAGUUCCCUGAAGGAGUCUCGAAGCCUCUCUCGCCGUUACCAACAAAAGUCAUAGAUUCCGGCAAGGCUCCAGUGACUGAUGCCGUCUCCCAAAAAACAAAAUAUGAUGAAACUGAUGAUCAGAAAAUAAUCUCUAAGGAUACUACACCAGUAUUAAAGCCAAUGAGCAUUGCUGUUGAAACAUCAAGUGAGGCACUUCCUGAGGAAACUGUUACUCAAGACUCAGCAACAGACACAGGUACUACCUUACUGGAGCUAAAGUUUCCUGAAGGUGUCUCGAAACCUGUUUCACCGUUACCGCCUAGAAUUGCAGACUCGUUAAAAGCUCCAGUACCCGAUACAGUUUCAAAAAAGCAAAAAACAGAUGAAAGAAAACUACGUAAAAGAGUUUCGAAAAGUGAUUCACUAUUAUCAAAGGCAAAAAAUAUUGCUCUUGAAACACCAAGUGAGACACCACCAGAGAAAACUGUAACUCAAGACUUAGCAACAGAAACUAACACGACCAUACUGGAGCUGAAGUUCCCUGAAGGAGUCUCUAAGCCUCUUUCCCCAUUACCACCUAAAAUCAAAGAUUCAUCCAGAGCUCCUGUGCCCGAUGAAGCCUCCAAAAAAGGAAAAACAGAUGAAACUGUGGGACAAAAACAGGUUUUGAAGGAUGCUGCUCCAGUAUCAAUGCUAAAUAGUGUUGUGUCAGAAGUGUCAAGUGAAGCACUACCAGAGGAACCUAUAACUCAACACUCAGUCACAACAGACAGAGGCACUUCAUUUCUGGAACUGAAAUUCCCAGAGGGUGUUUCAAAACCCCUUUCACCCAUUCUUCCUAAAAUUAUAGAUUCAAGCAAGGCUCCAGUACCAAGUCUGGCACCACCAGAGGAAACAGUAUCUCAAGCCUCAGCAGCAAUAGACAUUGGCACUGCCUUACUGGAACUGAAGUUCCCAGCGGGAGUGACGAAGCCUCUUUCUCCCUUAAUACAAAAAACUAUAGACUCGAGCAAAGCUCCAGUACCUUAUACAGUCUCCAUAAAGUCAAAAUCAGACAAAACUAUGGCUCAAAAAAAGGGUUCAAAGGAUAGCGCAACAGUAUCAAGGCCUCGUAGAGUUAUGCCGGAAGAACGAAGUGCACCACAGCCAGAGGAACCUGUAACUCAAGACCAAACUGCAACUGACAUUGACACUACCUUACUAGAGCUGAAGAUCCCUGAGGGAAUAACGAAGCCCCUUUCACCUUUAUCGCCGAAAACUGUAGGUACGAGCAAGACUUUAGCACCCGAUGCAACCCCAAAAAUGCCAAAAUCCGAUAAAACUGAAUUUCAUAAAAGCGUUUUGGAGGCUAUACCAUCAAUAUCACAAUCCCAAAGUGUUACUCCUGAAAUCCUUGAAGAGUCAAGUGCUAUACUAGUUAAGGAACGUAUUAUUCAAGACUCGGCAGCAGAAGAGAGUGGCACUGCCUCAUUGAAACUGAAGUUUCCUGAGGGUGUCUCAGAACCUCUUUCACCUGAACUGAGUAAAGCUUCAAUGCCUGAGGCACCACAAGAAGAACAUUCAUCUCAGGACUCAGCAGCAAUAGACACUGGUACCGCUUUACUGGUGUUGAAAUUUCCUGAAGGAGUCUCGAAGCCUCUUUCACCAAUACCGCCGAAGAUAAUGGACUCAAGCAAGGCUUCAAUGCUUGAAAAAACUUCAACAAAAUCUAAACCUAGUGAAACAAAAUUACAUAAAAAAGCAUCAAAGGUCAUUUCACCUCCAUUAGAGCCCCAAAUUGUUUCCCCUGAAGCGCCUGUAACACUUGAAUCACCAGCAGCAACAGACACUGUCACUGCCUUACUCGAGCUGAAGUUCCCAGAGGAAGUCUCUAAGCCACUUUCACCAGUACCACCGAUGAUCGUAGAUUCUACCAAGGCUCCAAUUUAUGAUACUUUCCCCGAAACGCCCAAAUCAGAUGAAAGGAAGCUUCAUAAAAAGGCUUCACCAUUAAGAGUUCUCCGAAGUGCUAUAGCGCUCGAUGCACAAAGUGAGGUAAUACCAGAAGAACCUGUAAUACAGGACUCAGCAGGAACGGACACUACCACUUCGUUGCUGGAGCUGAAGUUCCCAGAGGGUGUCUCAAAGCCUCUUUCUCCUUUACCUCCAAAAUCUAUUGAUCCGAGCAAAGUUCCAGGACAUGAUGAAACCUCAAAACAGUCAAAACCAGACAAAACGAGGCCUCAUAAAAAAGCUUUGAAGCCUGAAAAGUCAUCAGUUCUGGAAGGAUCCGAAAUUAAAGUUGGCACUUCAGAGCCACAUUCUCAACCGACUAUAAGAUUAAAAUAUCCGGAAGCACUCUCAAAGCCGCUUUCGCCUCAACCACCAAUUUCGACGAUCCCUAAUGGAAUAUCCUCACCUGCAUCCCCAAGAGCUAAAACCUCAAAGUCUCCUGAAGAAUUACCAAAGCCACACUCACCUGUACAGAAAAAGGUCAGACCACAAGUUGUCAUUCCCGAGCCAGGCGUCCCGCCAUUAUCACCAGUGGAAGCCUCACAAGAUCUCGCUUCAUCUUAUUCCCUUCCAGCAACAGUCGUUCUCCAAAAAGUAAAGCCCUUUUCUACUUCCUUGACUUCAGACUUGCCUGCAUUAAAAUCUACAAUAUCAGCUUCGCCAUCAAAGACGUUAACAUUCCCCACUGGUAUUUCCCAGCCUCUUUCUCCUGACCCAAAGGAAAAACAAAUUUUACCUUCGGUCAAAAAGACUCUCCAAGAAAAAUUUAUUCAACCUGUCCCACCCACAAAACAGCCAGUAGAAUCCCUUGAAGAAUCCCCUGCAGCAGAUGUGCACACAGUAGAACCUUCACUAAUAACACCCACAUCAUCUGACACUGUAACCAAACCUGCAACCACCACUCCGCCACAUUUGCAGCCAUAUAAACCCGAACCUAAGGUGCCGCCAUCUGAAACCACAAUAUCUCCUCCAGGAUUUAAUAAACCAAAACUAGAUGCAGAGGAAAGUUCGCUAAAACUCCAGUCUGUUAAAUCUCGUGUACGUUCAGUCGACCGUGCAUCACAAGUUACGGCUGACUUUGAAAGCAGUAUAACAAAAAUAAGUACAGCAUCAGUAUCAACAAUGACAGAACCUCCAGUUAAAGUUCCCAAAUCAUCGUUAUCCACGACAGAAGCACUUAAAGUAUCUAGGUUCAGCUCCCCAUCCCCACAACGAAUUAAAUCAAAGUCUAGUCGCCAUGAACAAGUACGAAAACAUUCGAAAGAUAGUUCCACCAGAGCUCAAGCAACCAAGCCUCCACUCAAGCCAAAACCUAGCUCACUUACACAUCACACAGGAAAGACUUCAUCAGACCAAUGUAUCACAACAAUCGCCAUUACACAAACCCUAGAGCUCAUUGAACCUCCAAAAGAGACCUUAUCCGUCAUAUCGUCGAUCACAGCAGAACCAGUGGGAGAUAUUGAAACAACAGAAUUUACAACUAUGGAGUCUAACGUAAGUGCCAAAGACUCUAUUCCAACGGGGAAAGAUUCUCAAAUACUUGCAGAGCAUAAAUUAGUGGUAGACGACUCAUGUCGAUCAGAGGAAUGUUCAAAACCACCACUAUCAGAUUCUACGCAUGCCCAUAAAGAUCUCAAGCCAGCAGAUAAAGACAUUAAACUAUCAAAGUCAGCAGGAGAAAAUGGACUCAUACUAGAGGAAGACCCUGAACCAAAAGUGAAGUCUGGUGUAGACCAGAGGAUGCAGCUCCAAGAAACGGUACAGCCUCAAGAAACUAUAGAAGAAUCAAAGAAGUCAUCAUCCAUCAAAUUAGAACCAUCUUCGCCCACAAUAUCUGUGCCGCCUUUGAAGGUUGCUUCUAUUCCAAAGAAAUCUUCCCCCACAGGAAAAAUAUGUCCUAUCCCUAAAAUAACGUCCCCUACACCCAAGGUAAUAUCCACCUCCAAGACAAUGACAACGUCCAAAGUGACAUCUUCUGUUUCUAAAAUGACACCUCCAAUCCCAAAAGUAGCUUCGCCCACACCCGUAAUUACUUCACGUCAAAUCACUUCACCUAUACCUAAAUUAACCUCAGUUACGUGCUUGACCCCUUCAUCUACACCAAAAGCAGAAAUCACUUCAGUAAAGACAGCCACAUCUGAACUGGAGACUCAAGUUUCUGAAACUCUAACCCGUCAGUCCACGUCCACACUACAGCAGUCACCCUCAGAACUAGCAAAAUUUAAUCUUCCAGAUCCUACUCUACUGAGCCAACAAGGACUAACCAGAUGUUCUGCUACUCAGACCCAGUCAACUGAUACAGAUAUCUAUGAAUCUCACCAGCUCGAGCCACCAGCUAUAGACAAGCUUCCUCCCGCAUCCAAGAGUUCUGAUCCUGUUGUCGAUACUUCAAGCCUCCAGCCCCAGCAAUACGAGCUGCCCUCUCACGAAGCCCGCCUCUCACCUCAUGGCCUCCUGGGAUCUUCCCAAGAAUGCUCCCCGUCGUCUAAGGAAGGGUCACAGUCUCCACGCUCUGGAGGAGACGCACAGAAGAGAGCCCGAAGGAAGAAGAGACGUUAGAGCAUAGUAGACCCACAGCCGUAGCGGGGAGCCAAGGGAAAAUAUAAGCUUUCAGAAGCUAUGGGAUGAAUUGCCUACAAAGUACCUACAAAUUAAUCCUGAUAAAUAGUGUGAUUCAGUUGGUUAUAUCAAGGUCGUUAAUAAAGAGUGUAAUCUGGCAAAAAGCUUACCCCAUUAAUGUAUAUGGUGAUUUUAAAUAUAUUAAGCUACUUCAACGCCUCUUGGGUUGUGAAUUUAUACAAAUACUUCGUCAUAAAGUUGAUAAAAGAAAACCUCCGGAAGUUGCUGAUAAGAAAUCCUUCUGAUGGUGAAGAUUAGGGAUGACCUCCUGCAGUGUUUGUCAGCACUGCAGGAGGUCAUCCCUAGUCUUCACCAUCAGAAGAAUUUCUGAUGCUGCCAAUGAAGGAGAACCCUCUUAUGCAGCUGCCGAGCAAGGACUUGAUACCACUGGUGAGGAAGAACCUCUCUAUACUAUGGAAUUAGGGAAGUUCUUCUAAAACCACAACUGAAGAUGAAGGAAAGCCUAUCACUGUUGACGAUGAAACAGGACAUCGUAAAAUGAAACCGAAGAAUGAAAAGACCUUGGAAGCGGCUAAGAGGAGAUCCCCUGAAACAGCUGAUGAAAAGACCUGAAGCAACUAACGAAGAGAGAACGCCUCAAGUAAUUGAUAAAGAAGAAAGACCUGAAGCAACUAACGAAGAGAGAACGCCUCAAGUAAUUGAUAAAGAAGAAAGACCUAAAGCAACUCACGAAGAGGGAAGACAAUGAAGCAGCUGACGAAAACUGUAAACAUACCGAACAGUUGAUGAAGAAGAAAGACUUCCUAAAACUGCUGACGAUGAAGAAAGGCCUUUUUGAAGUAGGUUAUAAAUAGGGAAGACAUCCUGAAACGUUUAGCGAAGCUGAAAACCAUCAUGGAGCGUAUGAUAAAGAAGAAAACCUCCAGAAGUGGCCAACGAAAAUAAGACUUACAAAAAGAGGCAGAGGAGUAGGGAAGAUACCACGCAACGCCUGAUGUAGAUGGCCCACCUCAUGAUGAGGCUGACCAAGGGGGAGAGAACUGUCGACGCUGUCAGCUGUAUUAACAAUAUAUAAUGUAAACUCUAGAGCAACCGCUUCAGCUUCCUGUAUCAAAUAAAAAAAAAAGAUUAUGUAACAACUUUUUGUCUUGCUUGAUUCAACUUCAGUAACUGACAAUGUAAAGUAUUUAUGGAGUUUCCUGCGCCUCCGUUUCCUCCGUUUUCAUUCCGAAACAUAUAACAUUUGCAACUAAUUAGAACGAGGGUGUCCUUUCUUAUUUUUCCUUUUUACAAUGCAAAUCACUAUGAUAACCCGUGUCGCUUAUACUCCAAUAAUAGUUGAUCAUUGUUCAGUCACUGUCGAGUCUGUAUACAUGUAGAAAUAGUGUAAACUAUGUUGUUAAUCACUGUUUGUAUUACUUGAUAAUUAAAUUUAAUAAGCAGCUAAUGUAA